AUGACCGAAACAAAUAGUCAAACAAAAUAUGCAAAAGGAUCCGUUGUAUCUUCAAAUUCAUCAAAUUCAUCGUAUACAGAAAAUGACCAGUGUACCUCCCAGGAAAGAUUACUGAAGUGUCUCACCGAAAAUCUACCUGAUCAAUGUCCUCAGGCUAAUAAUACCGUUUUGCCACAGAUUGAUUUUCCCAGUAGGAAUGACAAAGACAAGGAAAAUGACAAUGACAUAGACAAGGAAAAUGACAAUGACAUAGACCAAGAAAAUGACAAUGACAUAGACAAGGAAAAUGACAAUGACAUAGACCAAGAAAAUGACAAUGACAUAGACAAGGAAAAUGACAAUGACAUAGACAAGGAAAAUGACAAUGACAUAGACCAGGAAAAUGACAAUGACAUAGACAAGGAAAAUGACAAUGACAUAGACCAAGAAAAUGACAAUGACAUAGACAAGGAAAAUGACAAUGACAUAGACCAGGAAAAUGACAAUGACAUAGACAAGGAAAAUGACAAUGCAAAAAUACCCGAAAUGCUCAAAAGCAGUAAUCCAACAUCGUCAAUGAGUAAAAUAUAG